CCUCGACCCCAUUUAGUCGCCCGGCGUCCUUGCGCUCCAGCCCUUUUCUCAUCGUCGUUCUUCGCCACCUCGAGCGAGCACAAAGGGACGAGCCGCGACGGCUGCUGAACAUCCAACAGCCAUCUUGGGCCCCCUUCGACGUUGGUUGGGCCAGAGGAAGCGACUGUCGCUUUCGAGCCCCUAUCUUUUCUUUUUCCUUUCCUUCUUGGCACUCUGCCUUGCCUCCUGUCACGUCCACGAGCUACCAAACCGACGUAGACGCAGCUCGUCUUCGUCGUAGCAAGCCAUCGGCCACAUGAUGGAGCAGGCCAAGUCGACGCCUCCUCCGGCGGCGAGUGCGAAUGCGCGCAGCUCGCCAUUCGCCUACCAGCAGAAGCUCCUCGAGCGGUCAGCGUCGAGGAGCAGCACCAGCUCCUUCUCGCUCACCAACGCCGGGGAUAAAGGCACGGGUGCGAUUGCAGACCCCAGCACACCGACAGGGGCCACGCGCCUGCACCACUCUGGCUCGAUCAGGACGAGGUUCCCGAUGCCUCACCGGCACACGGCUUCGCUUGACCCGCAGAGGGCGUCGGAGCUGCAGAGGUCACCGGGCGUUGGAUCUACAACGACAUCUCCGCGAGCGGCAGCGGCAGAUGGCCAGUUUGGAUCCACCAACAGCCUCGCCUCGUCCUCCUCGGCCGCCUCGUCGUCGUCCACCAACGCCGCUCGCUCCCCCAGCUUCUCUUCAUCUACGCCCGGCCUCACCUCUCGACAGGGUAAAGGCCUAUCGAUGCCGCCCGCGCCGCGGAACGACGAUCGUCCUUCGUCGCCUACUAAGUUUGCAGGCAGCCCGUUUGCGCGGUCAACGUCGCCCUCCAAGUUCACCAGCUCCUAUGACCGGCCGCCAUUGUCACCCACCAGGAGCCCCACCUCGCCGACGAUGAGGGACGACGCUUCGUGGAUUGGCAGCAACGGCAACUCAUCCCCUCGCAGCGGCGGCGGAGGUCCCAAUGGCAGCUUCUGGAGUUCAUCGUCAAACUCGCACCAUCACACCCCCUCGGCCGUCCAUUUGGGAGGCGUCAGUGAUCUGAAGCGCUCCAGCGUCGGUGCGCUCAAGAUCAUGAGAGACUUCACCACCAAGACCGAUGGCUCUGCUUCCAGCUCGGUCGAUGCUGGCCACACGCGCAUGACUGUCGGCCGUGGAAAGUCGCACCGCACUGCCCUCGACGGACAGGACCUCAACGCCGGCCUUGGUCUCGUCGAAAAAAACGAAGGCAAGCCGAGCCGACCCGGCCGCAUGGAGAGCGAGGACCAGGAGGGCGAGAUUGUCUUGCCGGGCAUCACAACGGGUGCCGAGGAUGUCGCCGGCCUCUCGGGUCGCAUCCGCUUGGCGCGACAGAACGGGCCAGGGACAAUGGCGCUGGGCCGGUCAAGUGCGAUCUCGAGCCUGCCGUACAGCAGCAAAUGGAUGGACACGCAGAGACAUCUCCUCCAGGCCUACGAGUACCUCUGCCACUGCGGAGAGGCAAAGGAGUGGAUGGAGCACAACGUCGGCGAGGAGCUGGGCGCCGUCGUCGACAUGGAAAACGAGAUGCGCGACGGCAUCUUUCUCGCCAAGCUCGCUCGCAAGUUUGAGCCAGAAUGUGUGCCUCGCAUCUUCACCCACCCCAAGCUCCAGUACCGACACACGGACAACACAAACUACUUUUUCCGCUGCCUCGAAAGGGUCGGCUUGCCGCCCUCGUUCAACUUUGAGCUGACGGACCUCUACGAGAAGAAGAAUUUCCCCAAGGUUGUCUACUGCAUCCACGCCCUCAGCCACAUCCUGGCCAGGCAGGGACGCGCCAUCAAGGUGGGCAACCUCGUCGGCAAGCUUGAAUUCUCCGACGAUCAGCUCCAAAAGACACAGAGGGGUCUCGAUGCCGCAGGCGUGGCCAUGCCGAGCUUCGGCGCCGUUGGCAAGACGCUUGCCAAGGAGAUGAACGUCGAGCCCGAACCUGAGCCUGAAACGGAGCAGGAGCGCAUCGACCGGGAGCUGCGAGAAAACGAGGGCUCCGUCAUUGCGCUGCAGAGCAUCGUCCGAGGCUUCCUCGCCCGGCGGAAAUUCGAGCGCAUGUAUGCCGAGGAGAUGCAGAGACGACGCGAACAGGAGGAGAGGCGGCGACGGAUGGAAGAAGAGAGAAGGCGGCGCGAGGAAGAGGAGGCGCGACUCGCUCUCCUUGCUGAACAAGAGCGCCAGGCGCAGCAGAAGGCCGAUGAUGAGCGCAUGCUCGCUGCCAUGGCGCCCAAACUGCAAGCCCGCGUCAGAGGAGCCAUGCUUCGAAAGCGCUUCUACAACGACAUCAGCUCCCUUGACCAGCAUGAAUCGAGCGUCGUCGGCGUCCAGGCUCAUGUCCGAGGUCUGCUCGCCAGACGCGCUCACGAGGAGCGCAUCUUCGCCUUGGCCGACGCCAUCGAGGACAUUAUCAAAAUGCAGAGUGCAUGUCGGGCCGUUCUGGCCAGACGCGCUCUCCUCUCCACAAUUCGUGCUAUGCGAAGCUCGACGGACAGCAUUGUCGGCGUCCAGGCCCAGAUCAGAGGUUUCCUCGCACGGAGGACGCGGCAACAGAUGAGCGCCGCUCUCCAGAGAGUAGAGGUCACACGGUCUGUCGGUGGUCUCCAGAGCUUUGCUAGGGCGGCCCUCGCGCGCAAGAGGCACCAAGAGCAGAGGAAGCAGCUCGACUUCAUCACGCCCGACGUCGUACCCGUCCAGGCACAGAUUCGAGGCGUGUUGCAGCGAAUGGAGUUCCAGUGGUGGCGAUCCUACAUCCACGACAGUGAGCCCGUCGCCAUCCACCUCCAGUCGCUCAUUCGGGGUCUUCUGGCCCGGCGUACCUUCAACAACCGCAUGAGACACUACCGCGAGCACAUGGACAAGGUCGUCAAGAUCCAGAGCCUGUUCCGCGGGAAGCAGCAGGGCGAGCAGUACCGCAGCCUGACUGUGGGCAAGAACGUGCCCGUGGCCACGAUCAAGAACUUUGGUCACCUGCUCAACGACAGUGACCAUGACUUUGAGGACGAGAUCGAGGUUGAGCGGCUCCGGAAGCUCGUGGUGAAGAGCAUCCGUGAGAAUCAGACGUUGGACAAUGACGUAUCGGAGCUCGACACCAAAAUCUCACUCUUGGUUAAGAACAAGAUUGGCAUCGAGGAGCUCAUCAAGGCCAAGAAUGAGCGAGGUCUGCUCCGACACGCCGAGGCUACUGCUGCGGCCACGCUGGCUCGACGCAACUCACUCCUCUCGGCCGCCAGCGACCCGUUCGCCGACGUCAGCCUCGAUCGCCAGACAAAGCGCAAGCUGGAACUGUACCAGGAGCUCUUCUACACGCUCCAGACGAGGCCAGAGUACCUCGCCCGCCUCUUUGCUCGCGUCGGCCGGAUGGAGAUGUCGGACAAGCAGAAGAAGCAGGUCGAGAAAAUUGUUCUGACGCUCUACGGCUAUGCUCAAAAGGCUCGUGAGGAGUAUCUCCUCCUCAAGCUCUUCCAGCGUUGCGUCGCAGAGGAGCUGAGCCUGAUUACCUCGGUGCAAGAAUUCAUGCGAGGAAACGCCCAAUUCAUCAAGCUGGUCCUGCAGUACAACCGUGGAGCCAAGGAGCGAAAGUACCUGCGCGACCUCCUCGCCCCGCUGGUCCAUGGGAUCAUGGAAGACGAUGGCCUAGACCUCGAGACGGACCCCUGUGCAAUCUAUCGUGCGACGAUCAACCAGGAGGAGAUGGAGACUGGCCAGCGAAGCCAGCGACCAAUGGAAGUGAGCUUCCAUGAGGCCCUUGCCGACCCAAUGGCAAGGACAAUCUUCAUUAGACACCUGCAAUCCCUUCGAGGCACCACAGAUGCGUUCCUUUUGCAUAUCACCGGCUCCACGGCCAAGAUGCCUUAUGGCAUCCGGUAUAUUGCCCGCGAGGUCUUCCGAGCUCUGCAAGAGAAGUUCCCCAGCGAGCCCGAGAGCUCGCUUCUCAAGGUCGUUGGCCACCUCGUCUACUAUCGCUACCUCAACCCGGCCAUUGUGGCGCCAGAGGGCUUCGAUGUCAUUGAGAAGCUCGUUGGACCGCUGCAGCGCAAGAAUCUGGCUGAAGUGUCCAAGAUGCUCACCCAGAUUGCCGCCGGCCGACUGUUCAACGACGACAACCCGUACCUGCAACCGCUCAACGACUAUGUCAGGCAGGCCAGCGACCGUUUCCAGAAGUGGUUGCUCAACGUCAUUGAGGUGCCCGACGCCGAGCUGCAAUUUUCAGCAGACGAAUUCCUCGACCACACGGUGCAGCAGCGGCCCGUCAUUUACAUUUCGCCCAAUGAAAUCUACUCGAUGCACCUUCUCGUCGCGGAUCAGAUCGACGCCAUGGCUCCCCUGGCCGAGGACCCACUGCGGACAGUCUUGACCGAGCUCGGGCCGCCACCGGUGUCGCAGACGCAGGAGCUCAACACGGCCCGAGACAGCGAGAUCACGUUUGAGCUCGUCUCGCGAAGAACCUCGCUCAAGGAUCCAGAGGCAGAGACAAAAGCGCUCUUUGUCGAGACGAAGAGAUUUGUCCUGUCGCUGCUCAAGGUCCAGUCUGGCAAGACGCUCGUCGAUGUCUUUGUUGCACCCGUGACGGAGCAAGACGAGAUGGCGUGGGAGGAGAUUGUCUCGCUCGAGGUGGCAGCCGACCGGCAACGGCAACGAGGCCAGCGCCCGCCGGCGCCACCGGGGAUGCCACGCCUCGAAGACGUGCGCCGUAUGUCGUUUGGCGAGCUCAAGGCAAGGACGCUGGAGAACAUGCUGCAGCUCGAGCAGCUCGGCAAGGUCUCGCGCCACAACCAGUACCAAGAAAUGCUCAACGCCAUCGCCAUUGACAUUCGCAACAAGCACCGCAAGCGCAUCCAGCGCCACAACGAAAAGGUAGCCAUGCACACGACCCUCGCCAACCUCAAGGAGAAGAAGAGCUACCUUGAAGAGCAGAUCAACAGCUAUCACAGCUACAUUGACGCCUCGAUGCAGACGAUGCAAAAGAAGGGCAAAAAGAAGUUUGUGCUGCCCUUCAGUCAGCAGUACUUUCACCUGCGCAACCUCAAGGCCAGCGGCAAGGUGCCUAAAUUUGGCUCGUACAAAUACACGGCUGCCAGGCUCUUUGAGAAGGGCGUGCUCCUCUCCAUCGACCAAUUCAACGAGAAGCAGUACGACCAGAUCUCGCUUACGAUCAGCUCCGACGAGCCGGGCCUCUUUACGAUUGACGCCAGCGUCUUGGGCGUGUCGGCUGGCACGUGCGACCUGCGAAUCGAGGAUCUGCUCGAGGCGCAGUUCAGUGGCCAGAGCAGCCUCUCGCUCAUGGACCGGCAGUGCGUCGUGAACCUGAAUCUCUUGAUCCACCUCAUCAACAAGAAAUUCUACGCCUGAAACGACCUUUUCUCCCUCUCUUCUUUGCCUUGCAUCGUCGUUCUGGAUCUUUUUCUCCCUCUUUCUUCACUGUCCAUAAAUUUAUGAGCCGCCGUGUCUUUCUCUCUUCUUACGCGCUCUGUACGACCUUUGUAAUGGAACGAAAUGAACAGUCUUGUUUGCUC